GGGCGGCCGAUCGCUGCGCCGGGCCGGGGCGCUGCUCGCGCGGCUGCUGCAGGCUGGUGGCCGUCAUGGGCGAGGAGCAUUACUACCUGGAGCUGUGCGAGCGGCCGGUGCAGUUCGAGAAGGCCAACCCGGUCAACUAUGUCUUCUUCGACGAGGCCAACAAGCAGGUUUUUGCUGUUCGAUCUGGCGGAGCUACCGGCGUGGUGGUUAAAGGUCCAGAUGACAGGAACCCCAUCUCCUUUAGGAUGGAAGACAAAGGAGAAGUGAAGUGCAUUAAGUUUUCCUUAGAAAAUAAAAUACUGGCUGUUCAGAGGACGUCAAAGACGGUGGAUUUUUCCAAUUUCAUUCCUGAUAGUUCCCAGCAGGAGUACACGCAGGAGUGCAAGACCAAGAAUGCCAACAUACUUGGAUUCUGCUGGACCAGCUCUUCGGAAAUUGUCUUCAUAACAGAUCAAGGAAUAGAAUUUUACCAGGUGUUGCCAGAGAAGCGCAGUCUGAAGCUCCUGAAGAGCCAGAACAUCAACGUGAACUGGUACAUGUACUGCCCCGAGAGCGCAGUGAUCCUGCUGUCCACCACAGUCCUCGGGAACGUGCUGCAGCCCUUUUACUUCCGGGCUGGCACCAUGUCAAAGCUGCCCAAGUUUGAGAUUGAACUACCAGCUGCGCCCAAGUCGACUAAACUGAGCCUUUCGGAGAGAGACAUGGCCAUGGCAACAAUAUACGGGCAGCUCCAUGUCCUCUUCCUGAGGCACCAUUCUCGGACAUCCAACAGCACAGGAGCGGAAGUGGUCCUCUAUCACCUGCCACGAGAAGGUACCUGUAAGAAGACGCACAUAUUAAAGUUGAAUCGGACUGGGAAGUUUGCCCUAAACGUUGUGGAUAACCUGGUGGUCGUUCAUCAUCAGGAUACUGAGACAUCCGUGAUAUUUGAUAUCAAGCUCAGGGGCGAGUUUGAUGGCACUGUUACUUUCCACCAUCCAGUGCUUCCAGCGCGAUCCAUUCAGCCCUACCAGAUCCCCAUGGCAGGCCCCGCUCCUGUGACCAGCCAGUCUCCAGUCCCGUGCAAGCUCUAUUCUUCCUCCUGGAUUGUCUUCCAGCCAGACAUCAUCAUCAGUGCCAGCCAAGGGUAUCUCUGGAACCUCCAAGUGAAACUUCAGCCCGUGGUGAACCUCUUGCCGGAUAAAGGGCGACUCAUGGACUUCCUCCUCCAGCGGAAGGAGUGCAAGAUGGUCAUCCUGUCUGUCUGUGCCCAGAUGUUGAGCGAGUCAGACAAAGCAACGUUGCCUGUAAUAGCCACUGUUUUCGACAAACUCAACCAGGAGUAUAAAAAGUACCUUGACGCCGAGCAGAGUUACACCUUGGCAGUUGAAGCAGGGCAGAGCCGGAGCAGUCCACUUCUCAGAAGGCCAGUGCGGACCCAAGCUGUGAUCGAUCAGUCGGACAUGUACACCCACGUCCUGUCCGGGUUCACAGAGAAGAAGGAGAUGCCGCAUAAAUUUGUGAUAUCCGUGCUGAUGGAGUACAUCCGCUCUCUGAACCAGUUCCAGAUUGCAGUACAGCAUUACCUGCAUGAACUCGUGAUCAAGACCCUGGUCCAGCACAACCUCUUCUACAUGCUGCACCAGUUUCUGCAGUACCAUGUCCUCAGCGACUCGAAGCCACUGGCCUGCCUGCUCUUAUCCCUGGAAAGUUUUUAUCCUCCCGCUCAUCAGCUGUCUCUGGAUAUGUUGAAGCGACUUUCCACGGCUAACGAUGAGAUUGUGGAAGUUCUGCUUUCCAAGCACCAAGUCUUAGCGGCCCUGCGGUUUAUUCGGGGCAUAGGUGGCCAUGACAAUAUUUCCGCACGAAAAUUUUUAGAUGCUGCCAAGCAGACUGAAGACAAUAUGCUUUUCUAUACUAUCUUCCGGUUUUUCGAACAACGAAACCAGCGUUUGCGCGGGAGCCCUAAUUUUACACCAGGUGAACACUGUGAAGAACACGUUGCUUUUUUCAAACAGGUUUUUGGGGAACAAGCUCUGAUGAGGCCUACAGCAUUCUGAAAUCGCUGUUUAUAGAGAUAUAUAUAUAAAAAUGUACAAAGUUAAUUUAU